GUCACCAGGGUUGUUGUAGGCACCGUGGGGGUCUCGGCUGCGGUACUGGCCUCACUGAGCACGAGCACGAGCACGCUGCACGCCAUGAGCGCGCGUCCCGAGCUGAACCUGGAUUCUGAGAGCAGCGACUGGAAAGAGGCGAAGAAAAAGCUUUGCUCCAUGGAUAAGGAGAAGAGGAGGGAAAUGUACAGGAUUGAUUUAAUACCUCUGCAGAAGAUUUCCAUCUGUAGUCCCUCAGGUGACUCCUCUUGUAAGCCUCGGUACAAAGUCAGUGAAGAGCUGAAUAAGAAAAUAUCCCUCUUCAGUGGUGACAUCACAAAGCUGGAGAUCAACGCAGUCGCCAACACAGCUAACAAGACACUUCUGGGUGGUGAAGGAGAUAUUAUUCACAACGUGGGGCCAAUAGUCCAUGAGAGAGAGAUGAGAAACUGUUAUUAUAACUGUCUGCAAACAGCAACUAAGAACCACCUGCAGACUGUGGCUUUUCCCUUCAUCUCUACUGGAGUGUACAGUAGGGCAAUCACAGCGAUAUCCCCCGAUCAAGCAGUCGAAGUUGCUCUGAGAACAGUGAGAGAAUACCUGGAGCAAAAACCACGAGAAGGUCUGGACUGGGUGAUCUUCUGUGUGUUUCUGAAGUCUGACAAAGAGCUCUAUGAAACAGUGUUGCCUGCAUGCUUCCCACAAGCUGUGUAUCGCCAGACUCAUAACCCCAGAUUCUGCCAGUUAAACGGAGCUCGCUAUCACUCGCAGCCCUGCCAUUUCAUCCUGGUGCUCUGCCGCAGUUUAUAG